AUGAGAACAAGACCUCAGCGUGAUGUCCACCAGGGAGACGCUUGGGUGACUCACCAGUACCCACCCACCACAGGCACCCCCCAGCACGUGUCCCCAAGAGUCCCCACCACAGGCACCCCAGCAUUGUCCAAGACUACCCUACAGGCACCAGGGCACAUGUCCAAAGUGCCACCACAGGCACCCCAGCACGUGUCCAGGUACCCACCACAGGCACCCAGCACGUGUCAAGACUACCACCACAGAGCACCCCAGCACGUGUCAAGAGUACCCCACCACAGGCACCCCAGCACGUGUCCCAGAGUCCCCACCACAGGCACCCCCAGCACGUGUCCAAGACUACCUACAGGCACCCCAGCACGUGUCCCAAGAGUACCCACCACAGGCACCCCCAGCACGUGUCCAAGAGUCCCUACAGGCACCCAGCACGUGUCCAAGAGUCCCCACCACCCAGGCUUGUACGUGUCCAAGGAGUCCCCACCACAGGCACCCAGCACAUAUCAAGACUACCCACCUGAGCACCCCAGCACGUGUCCAAGACUACCCACAGGCACCCCAACACGUGCAGAGUAUUCUCCUACAGGCACCCAGCGUGUCCAGAGUCCCACCACAGGCACCCCAGCACGUGUCCAGACUACCCUACAGGCACCCAUGCGUGUCCAAGACUACCCACCACAGGCACCCAGCACGUGUCCAGAGUCCCCUACAGGCACCCAGCACAUGUCAAGACUAACACCACAGGCACCAGCCACGUGUCAAGACUACCCUACAGGCACCCCAGCACGCACCCCAGCACGUGUCCAGGCUACCCACACCACAGGCACCCCAGCACACAUAUCCAGACUACCCACCACAGGCACCCCGCGUGUCCCAGGGCUACCACCACAGGCACUUGUACGUGCUCAAGACUACCCCACACCACAGGCACUAUGCGUGUCCAAGACUACCCUGAGCACCCCAGCACGUUUCCAAGACUGCCUAGGCACCCCAGCACGUGUCCAAGAGUGCCACCUGGCACCCCCAGCACGUGUCCAAAAUUACCCUACAGGCACCAGAGACGCGUGUCAAGAGUGCCCUGGGCACCCCAGCACGUGUCAAGACUACCCUACAGGCACUGGCACGUGUCAAGAGUACCCUACAGACACCAGAACCCAUGAGCCAAGGUGCCUACAGGCGCAGCACGUGUCAGAGUACCCACCACAGGCAUAG